AGGAGGAGGAGGAGGAGGAGGAGGAGGAGGAGGAAGAGCAGGAUCAACCAUGGAGCUGUAGAGACACGCUCAGAUGCCCGAUCGCCAGUGGAGGAGGAGAGUUGAUGAGGAGAAGAAUCCUGCAAUGAACAAAACCAAAAGCAGGAAGUCCAACGUGGAGAGUCCAGGUGUGCUGAAGGGCAAGAAGGCGGUCCAGCGGAGGAGGUACACAUGUCCCAGUUCUCAGGACAUCAGCCGGGCCCUGCAGGGCCCCGGCGCCGCCCCCAGCGCCAGCGCGGCCAGCCUGGACGAGCUGCUGCAGCGCUGCCUCAACUGCUUCGACUCGGAGGGAAAGCUCUCCAGCCCCAGAGGAUCCCAGCUGGUCCACAUGACCCUGAUGAUGCACAGCUGGGUCGUCCCGUCGCAGACGUUUGCCCAGAAAGUCCUCGCCCUUUAUAAGGAUUGUCCCCCCGACAAGCGGGGCCUGAGGCGGACGCAGAUCUGCCACCUGGUCCGGCUGUGGAUCAGCCAGUUCCCGGCGGUGUUUGAGAUGGAUCCCCUCCUGGAGCAGACCAUGGGCGACCUCUGGGCGCUGGUGGGGUCAGACCGGGAGGAGACGCACUCCCAGCUCAUCGACACCUCCUGCCUAAGCCCUCACGUCAACAUAUCCCAGGCCCCGUCGCCCUCGGUGAAGAAGAGGAAGGUGUCGCUGAUCUUUGACCACAUGGAGCCGGACGAGAUGGCCGAGCAUCUCAGCUACCUGGAGUUCAAGAACUUCUGCAACGUCUCUUUCCUGGACUACCGCAGCUACGUGCUGCGGGGCUCGGUGAGGGACAACCCGGCUCUGGAGCGCUCGGUCAUGAUGUGUAACGGAGUGUCUCAGUGGGUCCAGCUCAUGAUCCUCAGCAGGCACACGGCCCAGCAGAGAGCGCAGGUCUUCACCAAGUUCAUCCACGUGGCUCAGAAACUCCGAUCGCUGCAGAACUUUAACACCCUGAUGGCCGUAACCGGAGGCCUGUGCCACAGCUCCAUCUCCCGCCUCAAAGACACGUCCAACCUGCUGCCUCCCGACGUCACCAAGGCCCUGAGUGAAAUGACCGAGCUGCUCUCGUCACGCAGCAACUUCAGCAACUACCGGCGCGUCUACAACGAGUGCAGCGGCUUCAAGGUGCCCAUCCUGGGCGUCCACCUCAAGGACCUGAUCUCCCUGAACGAGGCGCUGCCCGACUACAUCGACGAGGACAAGAUCAACCUGAGCAAGCUGCAGCACCUGUACAGCAACAUCAACGAGCUGCUGGACAUCCACGGCAGCGUGCCGCCGUUCGAGGCCAACAAGGACCUCCUGCACCUGCUCACGCUCUCUCUAGAUCUCUACUACACAGAAGAUGAGAUCUAUGAACUCUCCUACACCAAGGAGCCCAAGAACCCCAAAAUCCAGCCCGUCGCUCCGGUCAAACCCCCGGUGGUGGCGGAGUGGGGGUCGGGGGUCACCCCCAGGCUGGACCCGGACACCAUCUCCAAACACGUCAAGCAGAUGGUGGAUUCCAUCAUGAAGAACUAUGACCAGAACCAAGACGGCUACAUUUCACUGGAAGAAUUUGAAAAAAUAGCAGCUAACUUCCCCUUCUCCUUCUGCACUCAAGAAACUGACAGAGAGGGACAAAUCAGCCGCGAGGAAAUCACGUCUUACUUCAUGAGGGGAAUGUCUGUGUGUGCCAAGCUGGGCUACAACUUCAAGGACGCGCACAACUUCAGUGAAACCACGUACAAGCGGCCCACCUUCUGCGACACGUGCGGAGGCUUUCUGUGGGGAGUCAUCAAGCAGGGCUACCACUGUAAAGACUGCGGGAUAAACUGUCACAAGCAAUGCAGAGCGCUGGUGGGGAUGGAGUGCUUGAAGAAACACAGAAACACGACCGGGUCCUGUCCGUGCACGCCCGCCCCCGACUCCAGAACCAAGGGAAACAGCUGGAGUUCGGAGGACGAGACCUUCGUUUUCCCGCAGAGCAACGACUCAGAACACAACAAGAGCACUUCGCUUUGUAGAAACAACGCCGGCGACUCGACGCUAUCGGACCGCUCCACGCAGACAGACCCGGGGGUGUGGACGCCCGAGAAGAAGGACAAGAAGGGAAACCACCUCAAUUCUCACGUGCACGCGUCUCCAGACCGAAAGGUCAACACGCUGCCACAGCGGUCCCGGGGGUGCUCCAUGCCGGUUUCAUUCCUGCAGGAGAAGAUGGAGGAGCUACAUCUGUACAAAGACAAGAGCAGGGAGCCCGACUGAGCUCCACGUCUCCACACACACACACACACACACACACACACACACACACACACACACACACACACACACACACAACUGCCAUCAACCCUGACAAAACGCUGUCUGACUGGCGUCGGAACUCUUAAAAAUGGACUUUGUGUUUCCUGUAUGGGUCACGUGUUUUUAAUCUUGUCAUUGUUACUCCCAUUAGUUUGAAUGUCAGAUGUUGAUUUUUCCUUGUUUUGUUUGUAGAAGCGGUGCCUUGUUGUUGUUGUUGUUGUUUUUUGGUGCUAAGAUUUCACACAACCUCGGUCCUUCAAGUCGUCUGUGACGGUAUAAAUACAUGGUUGUAAACGCGUUAAAAGAAGCAGGGUAGGAAAUUAACACUAAACGUUUGGCAGCUAAAGACCACUCAAGAAAAAAAAAAACUUAAAUUGUUAUUUAGAGUUAUUUUAAUAGGAAUACAAGAAACAUUGAAGCCAAUCAGCCAUAACAUUAUGACCACGUGCCUUACGGGUCCCUGUGGGAGACCAGUGCUCUGAAUGUCUGCCGAGGUACCAGAUCAGAACGGUGUGUUAGAUUUCAGUCAUGGAAUGUGACCAGUUAACAGUCACUGUCAUGUUCAGUCUGUUCUGUUGUGCAGGUACUUACCCGGUUGUUGUGAAGUUGGUUUUUUUUUGUUUUUUUUUCCACGCUUGUGUUCACAGCUCCACCCAGCCGUCGGGACCUGUUCCUCCUUCCUCCUUCUCGUUUUGGACUGAGGACAGUGAGAUUUAAAAUCGUGUGGUUGGGGGUAUUCAGGUUUGGAUUGUACUGGAUUGAUCUGUGGGAUUUGGAGGCCAAAUCAUUCCUGAACCAGUCACCUUGGAAUACAAUUCCCAUGGUUGUGGAAAUAUAAAGCAUCUAUGCGCCAUGGAGGCGACACACACUCAGCGAGCCAUCAGACGGGACCACUUCCUCCCAUCGCUCCACUCCUGAUGCUUUCCAGCCCAACCUGCGAUGUGCUGUGUGAUCAGGACCUGCACCUGAGACGCUCUUUAAGCUUCACAAUUCGUUCUUGACACAUGAACAUCCAUGACAAAACGCUGCCUGACUGCUGAAUGUAACCCCUCCCCUCCGCCCCAAUCAUCAGUGUUACCUGCACGUUAUCGCUGAUGGGUGUAUUCACAGAACCAGACGGACGGAAGUUCCACUUCGUUCUGCAGAGUCGUCGGUCUGAGGAAGACUUCACUGAUUUGAAGUUACUUCUUCAAGCUGAAAAUGUUGAUUUCCUGCCCUGACGAUAUUUCUCACUGUCAAAUACUGCACUGGAAGAAUGCAGAAGGUGUAUUAUUGGCUUUUUUGUUUUGUUUAAGCUAAACGCUUCUUGUUUUGUUCUUUGCUCCUAAUUUUCAUUUGUUAAAAAAUGAAGAAAAUACACCAACAAUGCUGAACCGUACCAAAUGUGUGUUUGAUGUCACUGAUUCAAGACACAAAAAACCCCCCAAAAAACUAAGCAAACACCAGAUACAGGCGUAUACAACUGCAUUUAUUGUAUAAAGACAAGAAGACAGCUUGCGUAAUUGACUCAUUUUCAGGUAAAAAACAAAAAAGAGAGAAAAAGGUUUGACAGAAUAGGUUUUACCUACUGGACUGAAUGAACAGCAAUCACAAAGGGAUGGAAAAAAAAAACUGCAAACACAGCUACUCAAUGGCAAAAUAUGUUUCGCAAUCAAAAAA